GCAUAUAGAAUCACAGCGCAGGAGGUGUGGUUUUCCACAAAACGAGUGGGUUCGCAAGAUCACGCUGCUAAGUUACCAUUGCCAAGAUGGCUGCCGCAGGUCGUCUCUGAUUGGCUGUUGCGGGAACCUGGGGAAAGCUUGCCUGUCUCCUAUUGGUUGUUCUGGAAACGUGGGCGAAAGGUUGCGCGGCGUUGAUUGGCUGGCCGGUAAAACCUACGGGGAAAGGUUGCAUUGAUCAGCUGCUCUCUGCAGAUAUCUCACUUUGUGAAAACAAUGUAGAAGUGCUGAAGAAACACAGAGGAGGAAAGGAAACGUUUGCGCUGUCGGACUUUUGGGUGAAGCUCCGCGUCAGAAUCGCCACCUGUCUUCUUUAUUAAGAGAGAAAACGGACUGAAUCAGGCUGCUUCAUCUUUUCCAACAACUCGCAUCGUUUAAUCGCAUGUCAUAUUCUCUUUUCCGCAUCUGCUCAGUUCCUGGCGUUUCAGCGAUGCGAAGGCGGAAUAACUCUCCCCUCGAAGAGCACGAAAGCUCCCUCACGCUGCAGAACCGGGGGACGGAUCUGACAGACGACGGAGACAGGAGCACAGAGACGGAGAGAGCCAUGAGGCGAAAAUACCGGAGGAGUCGUUUGAUGUGGAGGUUGACGAGGAUCUUCCUCUGGGUUUUGGGGAUCUACAUUGCUAUUCCGUUCAUCAUCAAGCUCUUUCCUUUCAUCCAGGCUAAGCUGGUCUUUUUAAACUUUGUGAGGGUGCCAUAUUUUAUCGAUCUUAAGAAGCCGCUCGAUCAAGGCCUGAACCACACCCACAACUUCUACCUUCAGCCAGAGGAAGGUGUUCAUAUUGGAGUGUGGCACACAGUACCAGCCCUGCUGUGGAAGGAGGCACAGGGAAAAGAUAGAAGCUGGUAUGAAAGCAAGCUCCAGUCCUCUCAUCCUGUCAUGCUCUAUCUGCAUGGCAACGCAGGCACCAGGGGAGGAGACCACAGAGUGCAGCUCUAUAAGGUCCUUAGUUCAUUAGGCUACCAUGUAGUCACAUUCGAUUAUAGAGGUUGGGGGGAUUCAGAGGGCAGCCCUUCUGAGAAAGCGAUGACACAGGAUGCUCUCUUCCUCUACCAGUGGCUGAAACAGAGGAUCGGCAGCAACCCGCUCUACAUCUGGGGCCACUCUCUGGGAACCGGAGUGGCCACUAACUUAGCCAGGCGUCUGUGUGACAGAGGGACACCACCUGACGCUGUUAUCCUGGAGUCUCCUUUUACUAACAUCAGGGAGGAGGCCAAGAGCCACCCUUUCUCCAUGGUUUACAGGUAUCUGCCAGGCUUUGACUGGUUCUUUUUGGACACCAUCACUGCCAACGACAUCCGAUUUGCCAGCGAUGAGAAUGUGAAUCAUAUGUCCUGUCCAGUCCUAAUUCUCCAUGCUGAGGACGAUCCCGUUGUCCCUUUCCACUUAGGAAAAAAGCUGUACAAUAUAGCGGCUCAGUCCAAGAGCCUGAAUGGACACAAGGUACAGUUUAUUCCAUUUCCCAGCGCGCAGGGCUACAGGCACAAGUUCAUCUACCGCAGUUCCCAGCUGCCUCACAUACUCAGUGACUUUCUCAGCACGACUCAUCCACACUUAUAACUGAAAGCUCUACCAGAUUGUCCUCUUUUCCCCUCCCACACACACACACACACACACACACACACACACACACACACACACACUGUGCAUUCCAUACUUCAGUAAAUCACCUGAAGAGCCGAGAACAGCGAGCAUGAGGAAGAGCGGAAUGGCAGCUUGAGCACAACAUAUGCAAAGAAAUAUGCAAACGUGCACUGAACAGAAACUGGAUAUUUGUAAGCGACACACUGCACAUGAGUGUAUGACACGGUGAGAUAGCAUGUGGUGUAUUUUAUGAAGAUGUCAUUUCCCUCUGCAGCAGCUGCUACUCUACUGAAAUAAUCACUAGUAGAGCUUACUGGACCUUUUAUCCUUUUGGUGUGAACUUUAAUCAUGUAAGAGUUAAAGUGAAUUAAAGGUGGGGUUUUUGGGGUAGUACUAACAAUGGCCAUUUUUCAACAAAAUCACCAGGAUGCGUAACUUCAAAUGAUGCUUCAAAUGUACAAAUCAACCUCAUUAACUCAUUCUUUUUCAGAUUGCUAGUGAUGACAAUCUCAGAAUAUGUCAAAGUUUAACUCCUCUUUGGUUUGAUCUUUUUUUUCUUCUUCUUUUCUUUUUUUUUUGUUGAUAUUUUAUCAUAAUCUCUCUUCACACAUUGCAAAGAUUUGAAGUUGGUAAAAGUUUGACUUUUUUUUUUUUUUUUUAAUUUAAACUACUGUAAUUAACUUAGAUAUGUAAAACUUGUCUAACUGCAUCUGUAGAUUCACUGGACACGGUUACGAGAACCUGCAGAGCCUUCACAAAUAUCUAAGCCAAUAAUAUGAAUAUUUACCAAAAUAGCAUAAAAUAUAUCUAUAUGUAUAAAUCUGUUGGGUGAAUUAUGGGGGCUUAUUUAAUUACAUGUUCCCAGGAUUCGCUGUAGAUAUUAGAGUAAUCACAUGGUUUUCAAUUGGCACUAUACAGAUAAAUAACAAAGUUGCACUAUUCAUAAAUAAUUGCAAAUAACUCCUGAUGGCAAUCAGAUGGGUUGUUUUUUUGUUUGUUUGUUUUUUUAACAUAAACAUCAACACAUUUUUCCGUUAUUACAAAACUAUUUUAUUAGCUAGCUGUAAGGCGACGCUUCUACACCCACACAGACAGCAAUACACUCGCUUUACUGAGCUCGUCUUAACCAAACUGCAUCUCACACUAUGGAGCAAUAAUGUACUGUACUGAUUCAUCACGACUGUAACAUACUAAAUUUGGGUUGCAGAAAGUAUGAAUUAUGAGCCAUAGAUCAACAAAAUGUUCUGAAUGUAGGGUGUGUGUGUGUGUGUGUGUGUGUACAUGUACAAAUUGUAAAAGCAACGAGAAAGCUAACUUUAUUGGAGACAUUUUAAACCUGGAUGAGAGAAAUGCGAUUUUUCGUGGUGUACUCGAUACAUUGAUGGGAUUUGGGGUUUCUAAAUUCCAGGCCGAUUUACAAUGAGCAAUGAUGUUGGUUUGUAGAAAUUAUUUAAGUAGAUCAUGAGGGGUUAGUGAGCAUGCCAUCACUACAUAUUUUUGACUUCCUGUGAGCUUUGAGUUGUUUAACACUGUUGGCGUUUCUGUACGAGUUCAUUAAAUCAUUAAAGACCUGCUAUGCACGUCCACUUUACUCAAAAGGUACAUAACAACGAAGGUUAAAAGACUGAAGUAGACCAUGAACAGGACCCUAUGAAGUAUAUAUGUAUGUAGAGAAGUGUGCGCACACAAGUUAGCUUUAGCAUUACUAGCCUCUGAGUACUUUUUUCCAAAGAGUCGAGUCAAGUCUAGGUCCUUCUGCACAUUAUAUGAGCAUCCCAAAGUUAGAGUUCUUAUUGUUAUUGCCUGUUGUGUAACUAGCUCAUGACUUGCUUGCUAACAGGCUAAUUUGUGGCAAAUGAGAGAAAAGUCAACACACAAGUCAAUAAAGAAACAUGACCCCCUAAAUGCUGCAUGAACACCUCCUAAAAUUCUGCCAACAUUUCUGUUAAAACUUACAUUUUCUCACAAUGCAUCAUGGGAAUGCACAGUCUCUUAGCCGACCAGAUCAUCAUCAAAAACGUUCAAGAAGUCUUAAAUGAAUUUUAUGGAUUCUUAUGAAACAUUUUCUAAGUGUCUGAUUAUCUAUUAGGACUCUAGUAUUUGGGAUGUGACCUGUUUCUUGGUUUGUUUGUUUUUUGGGUUUUUCUUCCCUAAGUGAGUGACCAAAGCCUUGAACAAGUCAACUGAAACUGUGUUUUGUUUUGGGUUUUUUUUAUUUAUUUAUUUUUUAUUACUUGGUUUGGUAUCAGAUGCAUGUUAAUCUUAAUAAAACCAUUGCAACUAGUUAAGAUCUGAAUAAAUUUAGAUUUUUUUUCCCCUAUAAUUUGUAAUAACAUUAUGUAUAGAAAGACUGUGCUUCUGAGCUCUCAGCUCAAAUUCCCUUCAGCUGCCUUUUGUCAAAGACCAAACACAAAAUUUGAGCAUAUUUUCAGUCUGUUUAGUACUUUUAUGAAAUGUCUUGUUAUUUAAAAACAGUUACUACUCUUUUGUUGCAAUAUAUCAUGUGUGGUUUACAGUUGUUGUUUUGUUUUAAGCUGCUAAACCUUACUGUACAACUGGGCACAAACACAACCAUGUACAGUCUGUCUGUUUGUACAUAAUAAAGCAUUGAACUCACA